CAUUGCCUCAAAGGUCUUCUGACAAAUAAUACGGGUCUGAUAUGUGACAUGUAUGCAUUACGUGUAUAAGUAUUUAUUAUGUUAUAUUAAUUAUUUCACCGAACCUUAGACUACUUAGAAGAAAAAAAUAUUUAAAUUUAUAUAGUGUUACAAUCAUUUGAAAUAGUUCCGCCUUUUAUUUAUUGCGCACCUCGUGUAGUACACCGGUAACGAGAGAUACCGAGGACAGUGAGUACUUUUCGCUAUCUACAGUGUGAAGAAAAGAAAUUAAACAGUGUAAAAAUAAGGAACGGUGGUUAAGGCGUUUACAGAUACAGCGACUCGUCUACUGUCGUAGUGAAUGGAAGGGCGGAUUUGAGAGUGGCAUGUGGAUGCUGUUUGAUUGUGGGCGUGUUUCGUGUUUUGGCGUGUUAAUAUGACGUCCGUGUUGCGGGGAAUUAUUGAUGGAUUUUGGGAUCCUGAUAUUUGGUUGCCACCUAAUGUCACCUGGAAAGACUUAGAACCUAAUAAUGAAGUGGCUUAUGCAGAUCAUAGACACCUUUUAUUUCCAUUGCCGUUAGCCGCACUCUUGAUGCUACUACGAGUUGUAAUGGAAAGGUUUUGGUUCGGACCAAUCGGCAUUUCUCUGGGAAUAAAGAACUCAAAACCAAAAAGGGCUAAACCAAACGAAAUCCUGGAAAAAGCGUAUCGUGGUAAAGGAAAAAUAAAACACAAACAAAUUGUAGGGCUCGCAAAGCAGCUGUCAUGGACUGAAAGACAAGUAGAGAGAUGGCUAAGACUUCGGCGCUCUCAGGACAAACCUUCACCACUAGUAAAGUUCUGUGAAACUAGUUGGCGAUGGAGUUACUAUACCUGUUCAUUUGUUUAUGGUUUGUUUUGUUUGUGGGAUAAAUCAUGGCUGUGGGACAUAAAUAAUUGCUGGUAUGAUUAUCCACACCAGAGUGUGACGUCAGACUGCUGGUGGUAUUACAUGGUCUCGAUGUCUUUUUAUUGGUCACUCGCUGUUUCUCAGUUCUUUGAUGUGAAGCGGAAGGACUUUUGGCAAAUGUUCAUACAUCAUAUUGCCACCAUUAUACUGAUGGUGCUGUCUUGGAUAUGCAACUUGUACAGGAUUGGAACUCUUGUUCUUCUUGUUCAUGACUGUGCAGAUAUCUUUCUUGAGGCAUCAAAGAUGGCGAAAUAUGCAAACUUCCAAAGAGUGUGUGAUACGUUUUUUGUAAUUUUCACCAUUGUAUGGAUUGCUACUCGGUUAGUCGUGUAUCCACAUUGGAUCAUUUACAGCACAAGUAUUGAUGCUCCAAAACUUGUUGCAAUGUUCCCUGCAUACUACGUGUUCAACUCGCUGCUUAUAAUAUUGCUCCUCCUGCACUUUGUAUGGACCUAUGAUAUUAUAAGACUGGGAUAUAACUCAUUGAAAGCUGGACAGAUGGAAGGAGAUAUUCGAAGUUCCAGUAGUGAUGACCUAUCUGAAGAUGAUUCUCAGUGAGUUUAAAAAUGGAUUUCACCUUUACAAAAAUUUCUGGUAUGAACAUUGUUAAUGUGGCUGUUAAACAUGAGUUUGUGAUACAAAUGUAUAAAAAAAUAAUACUGUUGAAAGCAUUAAAUAAUUACUUUUUUUUUGUAAAAGAUUAUAUAAAAAAUAUAAUACAUUUUUAAUGUGACUGUUGAGUGAAUGCAUAAGCAUACUUCAAUGAUAUGAUGGAAACCAUGCAUUUUGAAUUUCUGUGCAUGCCUAAGCAUGUUAGUCUAUUGCAGCCUUUGCUUAUAACUUUUUUGUGAUUGAAUGACACAUCCAGCAGUUUUAUAAUUUCCUUGGUACUGUUUAUUUACAGAAAUUGCUCAAAUGUUUAUUAUUUUGUGUGUCUCUAAACCAUUGUGAAAUUGUGUCCUGUUGAUGAAAUAUUUUGGGUUAUUAUUAUUGUGUAUUUGCUGUCAAGUGUGAUAAUUUUAUCAUGUAUAAGUAAGAAUAACAAAUAAAUGUAGGUAAAUUGUGCCAUAAGAUAUUUUGAAGUAUAAUAACAAAAUUAUAAUUUUUUAAAAUUAUGUAUAUGGUAUUUAAUGCGUGUAAACUGUUCAAAGUCAUCAUUGUUAAUAAAUCAUUUUUACAUGUAAUUUUAAUGAGGUUCUGAUAUUUUUCUUAGAAUUAAAACGUGUGUUAUUUUUAUAGCCUAUAUAGUUACUAUAUACAACAUAAAAAAAAUAUUUUUGAAAAAUUUUAAGAGGCGAUUUCAAGAAGGGCCCUAGGUGAGAAAAGUAAAUAUUACAGGAGAGAGAAAAACUUAUUUUCCAUAAAUUACAACACUGUAUUAGAGUUUUUGAUAUUUUAUUGCAAAGCCUAGAACUAAAUACACAUUUUGAUAACAAAUUAUGAUUCAUUUCUCAUGUGUUACUUACAUACAGAUAUUAUAAAAAUAACAUUGGGCCCUUACUGAACCAAAUUCUAUUCUGAAUCUACAAUAUUCAAGCAAAAACAACUCUAAUCAUCACAUUCUGAAUCACAACAAUGGCGUCCUCGUAUGUUGUCACUUUUUAAGUUCUUGUAGCAGCUUUGUACAUGUUUGGAUAAGUACACACACAAUUUAAGUACAUCUGUCAACUUUUCUGACUUGAUGGGCAAAUCAUCCAUAUACAAGUCCUCCAUUGGCAUUUCAUCUUUACCAAUAUUGGGUUUUAGCAUUUUAAACUCAAAAAAAAAAUAAGCCAUUUAAGAUAUUACUAACUUUAUUGCAAAAGGGUGUUUGUCACUGAACACAAACAGCUUGUAUUUUGUUAUUAUGAACAUAAUGCCCUCACUUACACAACUAUUUUUGUAAUAACAGCUGAAAACACCUUUGAAAUCCUUAAUCAUUUCCCUGUUAACUUCCUCUAAUCAACUCAUUCCACCCCUGUACGCUUUCAACUACCUCUUUCUGCCUUUGCUUUUUUUUCUAUUGUACCAAAGUGCCUAUCACAGGGCAAAAAACUGUGCCCUCUUUCAGGGAAAUGAUGAUGAACUUCUGAAAGUCGACCAUUGAUCACUAAAGACUGCCAAAACCUCAGCAUGGUUAUGUUGUGGUUCUGGCCAUGACUACCAUCACUAAAAACAUGUAGUUGUUUUAUGGUAGAGGGUAAUAAUGUAGAACAGAAACCACCUCAUUACAUCCUCUAUUCACGGUACUUUCAGCCCAAGUGAACAUUGUGCUUUUGCCUGAUUUAGCAGAGUAAAUGCAGAAAAAGUACAACCACAAUUGCCUGCUGUAAAACACAUCUGUUGUUUUGAGGUGAGGAAAUGGCAUAUUCUGUUUGAAAUCAAAAACCAGCAUGUCUACACUUUCAUUGCCUUUGGCCAUUAUUUCGGCUUCUUUCAUUUUGGUAUAAAAACCUUAGCUUUGUUUUUGUAUAACCGACGUUCUGUUUCAAACUGUUUGUUUUCAGGACUGUUGUUAAUAGAUGCUGUGAGCCGUUCACAUUUUGUGCAGACAUCUGUUCUUGGCCUACCAAAUCCAUAGUUAAAGUUGUUCCUAAAAUACUUAUUGUAAAAGUCAUAGCUUACAUUACAUUUUACAGAUUUAGCAUCACUGCUACUUUGAGUACCUAAUGCUAAGUAAACAUCUGGAAAAUAUUUCUGCAGGUAUAGCUUGUACAUUUUCAAACAUUAAGUUCAGAAGAUAAAUACCUCCUCUUAUGACCACUGCGCCCAUAAUGGGUAACACAAUAAGGAAAACUACGAAUAUGUUCCUCUACAGAUGCUAUUGUAUCUUGGGACUUGGUCCUUGGCCUAAUGUUAUGUUGCCCACGUAGGUCCUUUGGGGUUUCCGCGGCAGCCAAGAGAGAUGUGAUUCUGCGAACUCUUUUCACACUUAUGCCAUGAAGGCUUGCAAACCCCUCUCUGCACACAAUGUGUGUGGUACAGCCAUGCAGAAUCUGAAAUGAAAAUACUUGUAUAUGUAAAGGCAUAACAAAAACAUUUUUGGGACAUAAUGAUUUUUGUGUUAGUCACAAUGUGAGCUCAAACAGUUUAACAAAGGAUUGAUUCGGUUAGUUUAGAAUACUAUAUGUAAAAGUAUUUUGUUUUUACUCUCAAAUUCUGUGUACUAUAAGACCCAAGUACAUUUUUCUCGUAACCGUACAUUACAUGCCAUGUAACAUUAAUACUAUAUUUGAGACCAUACUUAGCCUAGACAUACGUAGAAUCUUUACCUCGUAAUGGAAGUUGCAUUGUUGUAUAUAUUUUCCAUUUGGCACCCUCCGACGCUUAAUUUUACUGGUUCUUACCAAACUUUGUAGGUACAUAUCUGGUUGGUUUUUGUCUCCAAUCCUAUUGAAUUAUGUGAGAAUGUCAUCUACUGUUUCUGGUGGUAGGAUAGUUUAGCACUAGCGUUUACAGCUGUGAAUAACAAGCAAAAGUCUGGAUACUUACAUUGUCUACAAUACAUAUACAGUACCUAUUAUUAUGUUAUAUUAUUUUGCAUUAUAAGAAUUUUGCGAAAAUGGGUAACAUGGCCAUCGUUUAACCAUACGUAGCCUAGCGUAAUAUUAUGUGAAAUUAAAAGAUAUUAACACAAAGAAAACAAUCCUGCAAUUUAUGCCUGUUGUUCUACAUGAAAUAACAUGUCCUGCUGUGUUGGUGUGCUCCUUUCCUUCCGCUUUUAACCUUUUCCUUGCAUUUUUCGUCCACUUUUUCUCAUUCCUUUUCCUUUUAGGACGAAUAUCACUGCCAUCUGCAUUAUCCUUAUCCAUGUUUAGAAAACAUGUAUGGUUUGAAUAAUAUUUCGUUCACUGAAAAAUAUGUUGUGUUGGCAGGAAUACCAAUAACCAACUGACAACUUUACCAAACAUGUAGAAAUAAACAAGAAUUAACUAUAAUGGCAUGGAGAAUUUUUUUUAUAUAUUUCAAGAAAGGCCCCAUUUCAUAUUUUUGUUUGGUUCAUAAAGAGCCCAACUACUGCAGUGGGGGCCAUCUUGAAACAUACAGAAGUUUUAACACACAUUUUAACUCACUUGCAACCCCUUUUUAGGGCCCUCUAUGAAACCAAUAUAUGUGUCUCUUCUUACAUUAUAUUUUAGGAUGAAAAAGUAAAUUUCGAAAAACCUGUUGGUUGGGCCCUUCUUGAAAUCGCCUCUUCAUUUAAUUAAUUUUUUAGUCUUUAAUUACGCAGUGUUUAGGUGGCCAGUAUUCUUGUCAUAUCUAUGAACUGACUAUUUGUAUAUUUCAUGUUAUUUAAAACCUUGUGUUAAUAAGGUACAGAUAUGUGGUGUGUAAUUACUUUCGUUUAUUUUAUACAGCAGUUUUUCAUAUUGACUAUUUUUGUCACUGUUGUUAGAUAUAGUUAUUUAAUGUUAUUUAAUUAACAAUGUUUGAAGUGCACUGUUAUGCAUACAGUACAAAAGUUACAGGAACAUUUGUUCUUACUUUAAUAUUUGAGUUUAUGUUUAUAAUAUAAUCUUAAGCAGAUGUGACGCUACAUUUCCUUUCAUAUUAUUUAUAAUUUAAAAAAAAAGGUCUAUGUGUGUGUUUAUAUAAAUAUCCAUGCAAAUAUACUGUAUACUAUAAUUUGGUGUGAAAUUAUGUUUGAUGUACUAAUUGUUGGCAGCUUUUGCCCAUGUAAAUUUAAAGUGUUUCACCUUAGUAAAAAGUUGUUUAGGAAUAGCCGUCAGUGUGUAUUCAAAUGAAAUCUCAAGGAAAAACUAUUUUUGAAAAUAAUUUAUAUGACAGCUGCUAUACCUUAAGGCAAUAAGCAUAGCAGUUUGUUAAUCAUUGUCUUAAAGUUAUAAUGACACACAUUAUUUAUUUGCAAGCUUCAUUAUGUUAUGCAUUCCAAAAUAUUUUCACCAGUCUAUACUUUAUUGGUUUUGCAUUUCCGUUUGCUCAAAAUGUAAACUGCUAAUUUUAUUACUGUGGUCGCAAACAAUUGCGGUGUAUGUUUAUGUUUGGCAGAUGCUGCUUAUAAUCAGUGUUUCAGUCGUAGUUUACUUCUGUUAUAUCAUGUUCAUUGGGACCAGUAAAUGUAUGGUGAGAGAUGCAAAAAAUGUUAGCGGAUGGUGAAUGGACUGGCAAGUAUUUACUGGCAAAAUUAAAUUUCAGUUUUUUACCACCAGCUUGAAA